CGUACCUAGCAUUGGUACACACAAGGUUCUCCACUAACACGUUCCCUAGCUGGGAGAGAGCACAUCCUUUAAGAAUGCUAGCCCACAAUGGAGAAAUAAACACCCAGCGUGGUAACGUGAACCUGAUGAAAGCUCGAGAAGGAGUAAUGAAGAAUGAUGAUUUUGGAAAUAAAUUGAAAACCCUGUAUCCAGUCGUAGAACCUAAUUUAUCCGACAGUGGUUCUGCGGAUUGUGUUUUGGAGUUUCUGGUCCAUGCUGGAAACAGGAAAUUGCCAGAGGCUGUUAUGACGAUGGUUCCCGAAGCCUGGCAAAAUGAUCCGACGAUGUCUGAAGAAAAAAGGGACUAUUACCAUUGGGCGGCUUGCAUCAUGGAACCGUGGGACGGUCCAGCUUUGAUAUCUUUCACUGAUGGCCGUUUCAUCGGGGCCAUUUUGGACCGUAACGGUUUGAGACCUUCCAGGUUUUACAUUACCAAAGAUAAUAUGAUGGUAAUGGCUAGUGAGGUUGGUGUGUAUGACGUUGACCCCUCGCAAGUGAUUUUUAAGAGUCGUCUAAAACCCGGAAGAAUGCUGUUGGUGGACACUCAAGAAAAAAGCGUCAUCCAGGACGUGGAACUGAAACACGAGAUUGCAAAGUCCAGACCACAUUCCGAAUGGCUUAAAGAACAGAUUACGAUGGAGGAGUUGAGGAAAGCUCAUUUAGAUGCAGGGAGGGCUAUAAAAGCUAAGUACGAGACCAGCGGCUUGGGAGACAAAAGGUUGCCUCUUUAUGGGUAUUCCACGGAAACCAUUCAUAUGCUGUUACUACCCAUGGUCAACAACAA